AUGGAAGAGGCCGCUGGCGCGCGUGGUUUCACGGCGGCAAGCGCGCCGUCCUGGCCCGAGCUCCUGCCCUACGACCCCCGCGCGGACCCCGCGGCCGUCGUCGUGUCGGGCUCCUUCCGCUGCACCGUGCUCACGGACCGCCUGCUGCGCUUCGAGUACGCGAAGAGCGGCGCGUUCGAGGACCGCGCGACGACGGCGUUCGUGCACCGCCGGCUGCCCGUGCCGAAGUACGAGGCGUCGUCCGCGAACGGGACGCUGACCGUGCGCACGAAGUCCUUGGUCGUCACCUGGGACGAGCGCGGCGAGGACCUGUCGUCGCUCGCCGUCGCGCCCGCGCCGGGCGCCGACUCGGGCUUCGGCGGCUGGCGCUUCGGCGCCGCGGACCCGGGGAACCUGCUCGGCACCAUCCGGAGUCUCGACGAGCUCGGGCCGACGCCGCUGAACUGUACUGUGAACAAGAACAUCACCGUCCACGACGAGGGCCUCCACUGCGCCUGGGGGCUCGUGUCGCGGAGCGGCUGGGCGGCCGUCGACGACGCCGAAACCUUCGCGCUCGACGGCGACGGCUGGUGGCGCGGCCCGAACCGCGACGACGAGGACGUGAUGCUGUUCGCGCACGGCUUCGACUACAAGGGCGCGCUCAAGGAUUUCAUUAAGGUCGCGGGCCGCGCGGCGCUGCCGCCGCGCGCCGCCCUGGGCGUCUGGUGGACGCGGUGGUACAACAUCAACGCGCCGGAGACGAGGGCGAUCGUCGACGAGUACCGGUCUAGGGGACUUCCCUUGGAUGUCUUCGUCUACGACAUGGACUGGCACCGAAAGCCGGCGUGGGGCGGCUACACGUGGGACGCGAACCUCUUCCCGGACCCGGCGGACGCCGUGCGCGGCUACCUGAAGGACGAGGCGGGCCUGGUCGUGCUGGCGAACAUCCACGACGACGACGGCGUCGUCGCGUCCGAGGACCGGCACGCGGCCGUCGUCGCGGCGAUGGGGCUGCCCGAGACGACGGGCGACGUGCCUUUUGAAUUAUGCAACAACUCGGCCUACGCUUUGGCACUCGAGGACGCCGUGCUCCUCCCGCUCGAGGCCCAGGGCAUCGACUACUGGUGGAUCGAUUGGCAGCAGGGCGGCGCGCUCGGCGGCUGCGCGGGCGACCGGCAAAACCCGACGAUUUGGACGGCGAGGCUCCGGUCCACGGACCACGCGCGCCGCGGGUCGACGAAGCGCGGGCUCGUGCUUUCGCGGUGGGGCGGCCUCGGGUCGCACCGCUACCCCGUGGGCUUCUCGGGCGACGUCGCGACCGUCGACUGGCACACGCUCGCGUACCAGCCCUACUUUUCGGCGACGGCGGCGAACGUCGCCUACGGCUUCUGGUCCCACGACGUCGUGUCCCCGGGCUUCGAGGACGGCGCGUCGACGGACGCGCUCGAGGUCUACACGCGCUGGGUCCAGUGGGCGGCGUACUCCGGCGUCGUCCGGAGCCACGACCGCGGCCUCAGCGCCGGCGACUGCGACGAGAUGUUCCCGGCGACGCGGACGUCCGACGCGUGCGGCGUCGUCGAACCCUGGGGCGUGCCGGCGAAGCCCUACUUCGCGGCGAUCCGCGCGGCGCUGCGACGCCGCGCGGCGCUGGUGCCCUACGCCUACACGCUCGCGCGCGAAGCGUACGACGCGGGCCUCGGUCCGCUGCGGCCGCUCUACUACGAGUUCCCGAGGCUCGACGCGGCCUACGGCUGCUCGCCGGAGGACUGCCAGUAUUUCUUCGGGCCGGACCUCGUCGUCGCGCCCGUCGUCGCGCCGGCGUCGGGCGCCGCCGGCUUUCUCGCGCCGAAGCGGCUCUGGAUCCCGCCGGGCGUCUGGGUCGAGGAGACGUCCGGCCGAGUCUUCGAGGGCGCGGCGGACGGGUCGACGUACGAGCGCCGGACCUACGCGCUCGCCGAGACGCCCGUGCUCGUCCGCGGCGGCGCGGUCCUGCCGACGCUGCCGCCGCCGCGCCACGGCGACUCCAUCGGCGCCGCGGGCCGCCCCUACGCGGCGCUCGUCUUCAGCAUCUACCCGGGCGCGGACCGCGGGAGCGCCAAAGUCUACGAAGACGACGGCGCGACGACGGCCUAUCUCCGGGGCGCGUCCGCGACGCUCGCCGUGUCCUACGCGAGGACGGCGAACGGC